GUCAACGUACGCACCAUGGAGAAUUAGGUGCUAAUAUUGUGAAGCUUGAAGAAGGGACAAGUCCUGGGCAGUGUGAGUUUUGUCCCACAGCAUACCUGUCCUCCCAGGAAGAAGUCGAUAUGCACAAGAAGUGCCACGUAGCAGGUCACUCGUAUCUCAAAUGCCCUCACUGUUACAAGAUAACUACAGCAUGGGCACACAUGGCACGCCAUCUGGCAUCUCAUACAGGUGAAAACAUUACGAUGGCAAGGAAGGGCAAAGUCAGAGACAAAAGCAGGUGUGAGAAGUGCGACAAGCAGUUCUCCUCGUCGGCGUUACUCAACCUGCACCAGCAGCGCGUGCACGACGACGUGCAUCGCUUCGUCUGCCACGAGUGCGGCGACAGAUUCAAGUACGAGAAGGCCUACAAGCGCCACCUGGAUCUGCACAACAACGUCAUCUACCAGUGUGAACAUUGCAAGUACCAGUCCAAAGUGCGAGCAAACAUACGCAGUCACAUGAAGGUUCACGAGGGACGCGGCCAGAUCUGUGACGUGUGCGGUAAGGUGUUCUCGAUGCCUUCGCGGCUCAAGAAGCACAUGGAGCUGCACAAUCGCACCGCCGACUCCAACGUUGUCUGCGUCUACUGCUCCAAGGUCUACAGCAGCAAGGCGACACUCGACAUACACUUCAAGCGCGAGCACUCGACCGUCUGCUCAGUGCAGUGCCAGUUCUGCGACUACAUCGGCAAGGACAAUUCAUACCUGCAGGAACAUCUGAAGAAGAAGCACUUCAAGGAGUUUACAUGCAACAAUUGUCCAUACGCGACCUUCAAUGAGGAGACUCUGCGGCGGCACAUGGACACACACAGAGAGUUCAGGCCCUACAGCUGCACUCUGUGCUACUACAAGGCACGCGAGCAGAAAACCCUGCUGUCUCACAUGCGAAACAAACACUCUCAGAACGAGAGCGCGAGAAAACACGUGUGCCCUUUCUGUGGCAUGAAGUUUAAAUCAAGCUCAAUGCUGAAGGCACACAUGCCCACGCACACAGGCGACAAGCCGCACCACUGCCUCUUCUGCGACUACUCAGCGAAGCAUCGCGCGACGCUCUACCGGCACAACCUCUCCAAGCACCGUAGCCUCGUCGCCAUCACGCUCUCACAGAAGCAGUCACGCGAGUUCUACAAUGGCGGCGGCGGGGUCGCGGCGGGGUCGUGUGAUGAGCGGGCGGGGGAGGAGCAGACGACGUACGAAGACGGUCUCCACGUGCUUGCUGACCAGAUAGAGGUCGUCGACUACCAGGUCGCCGCGACGACGGUCGCUGACAACGACAACAGCGCGCGGCUCUCGCUGCGCAGCGACGACGACGACGAUGCGGCGGCGCCUCCUGCUGGGGUGGUGGUGAACGGCGCAGACGUGCGGAUUGACGAGGCAACGCUGCAUCACAUUAUGGAGGCGACGCCGAACGGAGGGACGCUGAUCAUACAGACAGACGGAUCGUUCUGACGCAGCGUUGUCGGCGCCCCCUGGUGGAACCGAGAUGGAAAGACUUAGGCAGAACUGGUGAAACUUUGGGUCGGAUAUGUGGUGGCAUUCGCGGACGAAGGUGUGACAGUGUCGAUGUGUGUUGUCGUGACAGCUCUCGGAUCGAUGUGUGACGAUGACGACGUUUGAUGAACGACUGAUGGAUGGAUAACUGCAUCUGUUUAUGUUGCCUGUAGCAGAUUUUCUAGCAGUCUCUGACUAAGUGGAAUUCUCUGUUAUGUGUCGAUGUGUGUCGAUGCAUGGGUGCGCAGUAAACUGUUGUGUAUGUAAAACAUAGUUUGAUUCAGUAAGUGUUGAUCGGUAUUUUUGUUUGUUUCAUAUAAACAUGAUUGAACUUUACACAGUAUUAUAUUCGAUAUGAAAUAUUAGUGCUAUUAAUUAUAUGCAUUGUAUCUGUAAUUUGAUCCAAUGCGCAUGCGUUUAUUUAGUACAUGACAUGCUAUAAUACUGUGUCUCUGUAUGAAUGAAUUUCAAUAUAUAUGGUAUAUGGUUCAGAGAUAUCGUUAUUAUAUAUAGAGAGAACGCACAACCAUGAGAAAUGGAGCUAAAAUGUUCACUGUCAAAGGCAUAUGACUGUAUUUUUUACUGACAAUAAAACUCACUGCCAGUAAUGCAGGGACAUAUAUACA